AAAGUUCUGCUUGGAUAAUUAUCAUCACGGUGGAGUGCCUGGUUUGGACAUCCUCAUCUGGGUCAACUAAAAAAAGAAAGCAUGCAAGACGACAGCCUAGAAGCUUCUACUUCCAUAUCUCAGCUUCUAAGGGAGAGCUAUUUAGCUGAAACUAGACAUCGGGGAAACAAUGAAAGGAGUCGAGCAGAGCCUUCCUCCAACUCUUUCCAUUUUGGCAGUCCUUCUGGAGCUGCUGAAGGUGGAGGAGGCCAAGAUGACCUUCCAGAUCUUUCAGCCUUUCUGAGCCAAGAAGAAUUAGAUGAAAGUGUCAAUCUGGCAAGAUUGGCAAUCAAUCAUGACCCUUUGGAGAAAGCUGAUGAAACCCAAGCUAGAAAACGUUUUUCUUCUGAUCAGAUGAAACACUCACCUAAAUCAAGUUUUGACCCUAACUUUUGCCAGGAUAACUCUCAAAGUCCUACCAACUCUAAAGAGAGCCUCCAGGAGGCAAAAAGGCCACAGUAUAGUUCUGAAACCCAGUCCAAAAAAGUAUUCUUAAAUAAGGCUGCCGAUUUCAUUGAAGAGCUGUCAUCUCUUUUCAAAGCCCAUAGCUCCAAAAGGAUUAGACCUCGUGCCUGCAAAAAUCACAAGAGUAAACUGGAAUCUCAAAGUAAAGUUAUGCAAGAAAACAGCUCCAGUUUCUCAGAUCUAUCGGAAAGAAGAGAAAGAUCUUCUCUUCCCAUCCCUAUCCCUGCAGACACCAGGGAUAAUGAAGUGAACCAUGCCCUUGAACAGCAGGAAGCCAAGAGGCGCGAAGCUGAGCAGGCUGCCAGUGAGGCAGCUGGUGGAGACACCACCCCAGGGUCUUCUCCUUCAUCUCUGUACUACGAAGAACCUCUGGGGCAACCUCCCCGGUUCACUCAAAAGUUACGGAGCAGAGAAGUUCCAGAAGGAACCAGAGUACAAUUGGAUUGCAUAGUGGUAGGAAUUCCACCACCUCAAGUAAGGUGGUACUGUGAAGGCAAGGAGCUUGAAAAUUCCCCAGACAUUCACAUCAUCCAGGCAGGAAACCUGCACUCACUGACCAUUGCUGAAGCCUUUGAAGAGGACACAGGACGCUAUUCCUGCUUUGCUUCUAACAUCUAUGGGACAGAUUCAACUUCUGCUGAGAUUUACAUAGAAGGGGUUUCUUCUUCUGACUCAGAAGGGGACCCUAACAAGGACGAAAUGAAUCGAAUCCAGAAGCUAAAUGAGAUGUCAUCCCCUCCCACUACUUCUGCAGCCAUUCCUUCAGCAGUACCCCAGGCCCAGCAUGUGGUGGCCCAGCCCAGUGUGUCAACCAUCCAGCAGAGCCAGAGCCCUACCAACUAUCUGCAAGGAUUGGAUGGAAAACCUAUCAUUGCAGCUCCUGUGUUUACAAAGAUGUUACAAAAUUUAUCAGCCUCUGAGGGUCAGCUAGUUGUCUUUGAAUGCAGAGUAAAAGGAGCUCCAUCUCCUAAAGUUGAGUGGUAUAGAGAAGGGACCUUGAUAGAAGACUCUCCAGAUUUUAGAAUUUUACAGAAAAAACCUCGAUCCAUGGCAGAGCCAGAGGAGAUCUGUACUUUGGUCAUUGCUGAGGUAUUUGCGGAAGACUCUGGGUGCUUCACGUGCACCGCAAGCAAUAAAUACGGCACAGUGUCAAGCAUUGCACAGCUAGAAGUAAGAGGAAAUGAAGACCUCAGAAACAACGGGUCUCUUCACUCAGCCAACUCCACCACCAACCUGGCUGUUACUGAGCAACAGCCAACCCUACCCAACCCAGAGCCUCCUUCUGCGGAACAACUCCCUAAACCCAAACUGGAAGGAGUUCUGGUGAACCACAACGAGCCCCGGUCCAGCUCAAGGAUCGGGCUCCGUGUGCACUUCAACCUGCCUGAAGAUGACAAAGGAAGCGAAGCAUCCUCUGAGGGUGGCAUGGUGACCACCCACCAGAUUAGGCCCAAUUCCUUCCAGGAGAGAUUCAACGGACAGUCAGCAAAAAUCCCUGAGCCUUCCUCACCCGUCAAAGAGCCCCCUCCAGUUCUGGCCAAACCCAAACUCGAUUCCAGUCGGCUACAACAGCUUCACAACCAAGUUUUACUGGAACAACAGCAGUUGCAAAACCCAUUCCCUUCAUCACCUAAGGAGUUUCCUUUCAACAUGAGUGUUUUGAACUCCACUGCUGCCCCGGCGGUGACAAUGUCCAGCAAGCAGGUGAAGGCCCCUUCAUCACAGACAUUCAGCUUGGCCCGGCCAAAGCACUUCUUCCCCUCCACCAGCACCACUGCAGCAACCGCGUCCCCUUCCAGCUCUCCAGUGUUCACCCUGAGCAGCACUCCUCAUGCCAUGCAGAGGACAGUGAGCAAAGAAAGCCUCUUCGUUUCUCACCCCUCGGCACAAACCAAAUCUCUAGGAGGGGUUUCCGUCCAAAACGAGCCACCUCCUCCAGGUCCAAUAGAGCCAGCACAACCGCCACUCACAUUUUCCAUCUCCAGUGUAAAUCAGUUUCAGCCCCGCUGUGUGUCCCCAACUCCUGUCUCUCCCACCAGCCGGAUUCACAACCCAGUGGCUUUCCUCAGCUCCGUCCUGCCUUCUCUCCCUGCCAUCCCACCCACCAAUGCCAUGGGGCUGCCUAGAAGUGCACCAUCUGUGCCAUCCCAGGGACUAAUGAAGAAAAAUACAAAGUCUUUCCAACCAGUGUAUGAUGAUUACAUUCGUGAAACUAAGAAUGCAGUGAUUCUAGACUUGGGGAAAAAAAUGAAUUUCAGUGAUGUCAGAUCAAACCAGCAGGAGUACAAAAUUUCAAGCUUUGAGCAGAGGCUGAUGAAUGAAAUAGAGUUUCGCUUGGAACGCACCCCUGUUGAUGAAUCAGAUGAUGAAAUCCAACAUGAUGAGAUCCCCACGGGCAAGUGUAUUGCUCCUAUCUUUGACAAAAGACUCAAGCACUUCCGGGUCACCGAAGGUUCUCCAGUGACAUUCACCUGCAAAAUUGUUGGGAUACCUGUCCCAAAGGUUUACUGGUUCAAAGACGGGAAGCAGAUUUCAAAGAGAAAUGAGCACUUCAAAAUGAGGCGAGAUGGAGACGGGACAUGUUCUCUGCACAUUGAUUCCACCAACAGUGACGAUGAUGGCAACUACACCAUCAUGGCGGCCAACCCCCAGGGGAGAAUCAGCUGUUCUGGUCACUUGAUGGUACAAGGUUUGCCCAUUCGAAGUCGACUAACAGCUGCUGGUCAGUCUCAUAGAGGAAGGUCCCGAGUGCAAGAAAGAGACAAAGAGCCCCUACAGGAACGCUUUUUCCGACCACAUUUCCUGCAGGCUCCUGGGGAUAUGGUAGCUCACGAGGGGCGCCUCUGUCGCCUGGACUGUAAGGUGAGUGGCUUACCGCCCCCGGAGCUGACGUGGCUGCUCAAUGGCCAGCCUGUGCUCCCCGACGCCUCCCACAAGAUGCUGGUCAGGGAGACCGGAGUCCACUCUUUGCUCAUUGACCCGCUCACUCAGCGCGACGCGGGGACCUACACCUGCGUUGCCACCAACAAAACCGGGCAGAAUUCCUUUAGUCUGGAGCUCACUGUAGUAGCCAAAGAAGUGAAGAAGGCACCUGUAAUCCUGGAGAAACUGCAGAACAGCGGGGUUCCCGAAGGCCACCCGGUGAGACUGGAGUGCCGGGUGAUAGGCAUGCCUCCACCCGUGUUCUACUGGAAGAAAGACAACGAGACCAUCCCUUUCACCAGAGAGAGGAUCAGCAUGCACCAGGACACAACUGGGUAUGUCUGCCUCCUCAUUCAGCCAGCCAAGAAAUCAGACGCUGGAUGGUACACAUUGUCAGCCAAGAAUGAAGCUGGUAUCGUGUCAUGCACUGCCAGGUUGGAUAUAUACGCUCAGUGGCACCACCAGAUCCCACCACCCAUGUCUGUCCGGCCCAGUGGCAGUCGCUAUGGAUCUCUCACCAGUAAAGGACUUGACAUUUUCUCUGCUUUCUCCUCCAUGGAAAGCACAAUGCUGUAUUCAUGCUCUUCUCGGAGUGUAGUGGAGAGUGAUGAACUUUAAGAAUGUCUGGGUGCCUGCUGUGUAAGGGGGCGGACUGUGGAGGGGGAAGGAAGACAAGCCAGAUAAGGUGGUUUCCAAGCAACCGGAUUUGAGUAAGUUCCCACGCUGCCCGACCUGUGGCAAGGAGAACUUUGAGUAAGUCAGCUGGGGACUCUUGUAGUCUCAGCUCAGGAAGAGAUGAAGGGCUGUGCCUUUAAAGAUUCCAACAAAAUGAAAAGACAAUACAGAUGAACCAAAGAUGUCAUGCAGCUGCCAUCCACUACUUUGGGAAAAAGCCAGCAUGCUCCCCUGCCCCCUGCUGUGUUCGGGGUGUUCAGGUCCUCCUAGGAGCAAUUAGGAGCCAGAUGCUUGGGCUAAGAGGAGUUAGACAGUAGUCACUUUAGGUAUCACUAACUCACUAAACAAUGCAAAGGAAAAGGCAGGCGGGUCUCCAUCACUUUUCACUGAUUGCAUUCAUAGCAGUAGUUUUGGUGGAUUUAUUAAAUCAGCUUCUACUUAGCACUAGGAGACUGUGCCAUACAACACACACAUGGAGAAGCACUUCUGAUUAGCUUAUCCUGGGUGUACUGAGCCACGUAAGAAAGUGCCAAAAUGUGCUUGGGAUACAAAAAAAAAAGAAAAGAAAAAUCACUGAAAUAGUCAAUAUUGCCCAGUGCACUUAUUCUAUAGGCAAAACAGGGACCCACCACCCUGCCUGCACCAUUUUCUUUUGGAUACAAUGGUGAGUGGUUUUUCUUUCUGACUAUAUCUAUAUAUAUAUGUAUAUAUAUAUAUAUAUAUAUAGACUCUAGAACUAAAGCGUUGUUAGUAAACCAGAAGGAAAUCUUCUGCAGGGUCACUUCUAAAACUACUAGCUUCAGUUGCCACUUGCAAAAAUAUGCAGGCAUCAUCAUCAUCUGCCCAUAGAAUACUGAAUCUCCCGCUUCUCCCCUCGCCCCAAAAGGCUGCAAGUAUAUGAAGCAGUGCGAAAGGAAGAAAUGCAAACAAGGAGAUGAAGUGAUGGGACAGUGGUUUUUGUUUUUUCAUUUGCUCAAGCAAAGCAGUGGUUGUGGAAGGAGAGGCCUUAAAUAGUUGUGAACUGCUUUGAGAUCAUUAGUCAAAUUGCAUUUUCUAUAUGGAAAAUAUUAUACUGAGAAAGUGGGAGGGACAGGGAAUGUGCAUCUUUAUUCUAACCCACUAAUUCAAAACCUGCCUUUCCAUUUAAGGAAUUUUUUGACUUAAUUUCACUGGGAUAUCCCAGUGCCUAGAAGAGUGCUUGGCACAAAGUAGACUUUCAAUAAAUAUUUGUUGGAUGAAUGAACCUAUUAGACAAAUCGACAGUGCAUGCACCAGUCAAAAAAUUGCCCUAGGGAUGGUCAUCACAGCACAGUUUGCUCCAGAUUCACCAGGGAAAUGAAUUGGAGUGUCUGUUACCAACUCCCUGUACCCAAGUCUUUGGUGUUCUCUGAGCCAGACACCCCCAGCUGGCAUCUUACUCAAGUGAACAAAUAGUAGCAAUUGCUUAGAAAGGCUUGAAAUUUUCUUCACUUCAAGGCAAGGAUUUCCAGUAUAAAAAUAAAUUCAUUCACUCAAAAAAUAAUUUGUGUGUCUACUCUGUAUAAGAUGCUAUGCUAGAGACUGUAGGCCAUACACAAAUAAGACAAGACAAUCCUGGCCUGCAGAAAGCUUAUAAGCUAGUGGGGGAGGUGAGAUAAAAGGCAUGUCAAGUGAUGUUUCUUGGGGCAAAAAUCUAUUUUCUAUCAAAGGGAAGUUUCUAGUGCCCUUCCUCCUAUUUUUUCAUGACUCUAAAACCAUCUUAAUUAUUUUCAACCUUUAUUUCUUAAUUAAAAUAGGUUACAUCCUUAAGAAAUAGAUUUCUGCCAGUUAUUUAGCAGAAUUAUUAGACUUUUUCCUUUCUUAUGUAUGCAGGAACAAUAGUAAAAGUAUAGGCAACUAUAGUGAAAUAGAAUGCAUUCCAUAUGGAAUGCAUCCUGUAAAAUAGUCUGUUUCCAUAUUGGCUUCUAUUAUCACAUCUCUUUAUGACUAAAGAGCAUUUUCUAACUCCAGGAUUGCUUCUCCACAGUUGGACACCCAACCUCCCUGUCACAGCUCUUAAUGUAAACUCUAGACAGUUCUCGCAUGAGAGGAUAUUCUUCAUCUCUGCAUAUCUUAGCUUUAUGAAUAUUUUUUACCUGUUUUAGUGUUCAACACAGAACUAGGAUAAAUAUUAUUUUUGACCACUAGAUGGCACUGUUUAAUCUAAAAUAUAACAAAGUUCCUCGAAUUUGAACUUUUGGAUUAUGUUACAGCAAAAUCUCUCAACUUCACCACUAUUGAUAUUUGGGCGCAGAAAAUUCAUUGUAGCGAGGGACUAUCCUGCACACUGGAGGAUCCUUAGCAGCAUCCUGGGCUUCUACUCACUGGAUGCCAGUAGCAGCGCAACCCCUCCCCAAGCUGUGGCCACCCAAAAUGGCCCCAGACAUUGCUAUGUAGUCCCUGGGAGGCAGGAUCCCCUUUGUUGAGAACUACUGUGUUGAACAAAUCCAAACUCUAUUGGAAUUCAAUUACAAUGAGGAACACUUAUAUAAGGAAUUUUACCUCUGCUGGAUAUGUUUGAACUCAACAUAUCCAAAAUCCGAUUCACCAUCUUCCCUUUCAUAAACCAUUCUUCAUCCUCGUUUAAUGAUUCUAUUAAUGGCACCAUCACAGUCCUAGUAAUCCAGAUAAAGAGUAUCCAAGUCAUUUUUUGCUUCCUCUAUCUAAUCAACUGACAAAUCAUGUUCAUUCUAACUCUAUUAUUUCUUUUAUAUUCAGGCCUUCCUUUCUGUCCCACUGUGGUUCCCCAGUUCAGACUUUCAUUUCUUUCUUAAUUUCCCUCAAUACCUCUGACUUCAACCACAAAAAGAGACUCCUAACCAGUCUUCCUGCCUCUGGUGCUGCUUUUUAUCCUCACUCAAAUCUAGCCCAGAUCUCAACAUCAGAUCAUUCUUCCUGAAGUACUGCUCCAAUCAUAUAUCAUUCCCUAAUUUUCGAACCCCCAGUGGCUCCUUGCCAACCCAGGCCAGCUGUUCUGCCCUGUGCUAUUCAAGCCUUGCUCCAAUAUGAUCUCAAAGUUUUUCAUUCAUUACUCAGAAAACACACCCAGUGCACCAGCAAAGUUAACACAGGCUCCUGCUUUCCAGACACAUGGCUCUUUCUUGCCUCCACCUGGAAGGCUUUAUCCCCAAUCCCCACCUACAGAAAAAUUUGAGAUGGCCUGUUCCUUAAAGGCCAUCUCAAAUGCUACUUUACUGCCUCUAAAAUAUUUUCUGACCACCCCUGCCGACCCCCCAAAAAUAUAAUUCUACUUUCUUUGAAAUCUUCUAGCAAAUUUCUUGAGUCUGUAAAAAGAGACAAUUAUUUUGUAUACUAUUUUAUAUAAGACACAGCCUCCAUAUACCUCGCUGUCUCUCCCCUUGCACUAGCCCAGUCUUGCCUGCACUAGAUUUUAGCUACUUGUUAGUAUGGACUGUGUCAAAAGUUUGCCAUUGCAAAAGUUUGCCUUAUACAGAGUAGGCACUCAAUAAAUAUUUAUUGACCUACAUUGAACUUAAAAUUCUAUGUAAGUUAGUGUGUUUCUAUAUAAAAUGAAUUGAGUCUAGAGCAGUGGUUCCUAACCUUGGCUGCACACUAGAAUCUCCUAGGAAAUUUUUAAAAACCCCAAUAGCCAAGCCACAACCCCAAAUCAAUAAGUCAUAAGUUCUGGGGUUCUAGCAUAGGCUUCAGUAUUUUUAAAGCUUCCCAGGUGAUUCCAACAAGCAGGUGAGAUUGAGAAGAAUCAUUUUAUUACCAUGAGUUAAUCACAGAACUUACCCUAAAAGGUUGGAAGGGAUGCAGAUAGCAUAGGCUGUAGUGUCGGUGUCAGUGAAAAAUGUACUUCCUCCUUGUUGCACAUGCAGUGCAUGCCUGGAAAGCAGAAAUAAACAUGCACUUUGCCCUUAUUAGAUCCUCCUAUUUUGCACUACACUCGUUGGACAUGCAGCAUUCAUGAAGCCCUCAGAGAAAUCUCCAAAACCUGCAAAAAGGGACCAGGGAAAGAAGGAAAGUUGGUACAGUUCUUCUGGCCCUGUUUUCAUAAAGCUGUGCAGAUCCCAUAAGCACCCUUCUCUCCAAAAAAGUGAAGGGCUUUCAUAACUUGGUUAGUCAUGGAAAUGGGGAUCAGAGGGAAAAUGGAGAAAGAAAACGCACCAUUAAAACCAAACUGCCAAGCAGCUAAUAGAAGAAAAACUACUUCCUCCUCCUUUUUUUGUGUCUAUGAUGUGUUCAAGCUACACUGUCUAUGGUCCUUUCUGCAUCUAUCCCCAUUUUGUGUUUUUCUCCAAGAUGCCCUGUUCCCCAUGUUCUAUAAUCCCCCAUGCUGUAACCCAUCCCCUUUCACCCCUUCCCCACAACCUGCCAGCAUGCUUCAUGCUCCAAAAUGACCUAACUGCUGCUCCAUGCAUCUUGGCUUGGUGUUCAAAAGAAAGCAGUCCAGUCGAACAGAUCCUGAAUGUCUGAGAGUCUUUUAACUUCACAGAGAUGCCGCACUUUUAAAAGCAGUUGCUUUCCUACUCCUAUCAACUUCGAAUAGAUAGAACUGCUGGCAAAAGGAAAAAAAAUCAGGCUGGGAGGGGAGGUCUAGAAAACUGAGCCAGACACCCAAAUUAUUCUGGUUGAUCACAGCCUCCUGUCCUCUUCCUCCCCACACACUCCCAAAGAACCUUCCAAGCUGAGAUCCUGGCCUGAGUCUGUUUGUACAUGGGCUAUUUAUAAGUUGGUUGUAAACUCAAAUGCAAAUUUACUCAUACUGACCUUUAUUCAAGGUCCCUUCUGGGGUAGACUGGACUCAAAGUAUUUCCACUGAUGGUUGAGUUGAAAAAUCACUGUGUGUCACCAGGAGGAUGAACAGUUACUUAGAUUGCAAUAAAGCUUGUUGAGGUCCUUGUCACCACUAAUUGCCUUUUUUUUUGUUUUAAGUGGAUCAAUAUUUCAGAAAG